AUGGAAAUGACUUCCUUUUCCAGGUCUGCCCUAGAGAUCCUGCAGGCCGCAGAGGAGGUUCUCACCCAACCCCGCCACGUCCGCAGCCAAAAGAAACCCACACCUGCGUACGCAUACAAGAGCACCAUAGACUACAACGACAUGCACAACGGUCGCGCCGCGCAUCAGGAUCCGAACUGCAACGGUCACAGCGUCGCCGUGCCAGAAGCGUCCACCGUUCGAGAGCUGCAGAGUCAGCUGAGUCGCGCGAUGCGAGAGCUCAUUGAACUGCGCGCCGAACUCGCCGCUGAGCGCGACCGCCGCAACGACACCCUGGCGGCGCUGGGGAAGCAGUGGAAGGAGGAGGUGAUGGUCGUCGUGCAUCGCCGCGACUCCGCCCUGCAGUCCGAUGUGGCCGAAGUCGAGGAGAAGCUCACGGCGCAGUGGAGAGAGAGCAACGAGAGCUGCGUGGUUCUUCGGCGACAGCUGGAAGAGGCCGUGCGAGCUGCGAAGGUGCGCGACACCGAUCGCUUUCAGCUGCGCGAGGAGCUGCAGGAAACAUCGCGGCAGAUGGACGAGCGGGUGGAGGUGGCGCUGGCGCAGAGCACCGCCGCCCGAGCAGACUGCAGCCGUCAGCUCGAGCAGGAGCGGGCGGCCCUCGCACAGCGGCUAGACGCGGAGCUGCUGCGGCUGGUCGAGAUGCGGCGUGCGGACCAACGGGCGCUGCAGGAGGCGCGAGAGGCGCUGCGACAGGACGGCCAGCGCAUGCGCGGUGAGGUGCAGCGGGCGGUACAGGAGGUGUGGGAGUCGUCCGCCGCCGCCCUCAUCAAGACGGCCACCGAACCCGUCGAGCAGCUUCGCGCGGAGCUACGACAGUGCAGGGCAGCGGUGCAAAGCGCAGAAGAAAAAGUGGCGGACUGCGUGCGCAGCUGCCAGGCGGAGUGUCGAUUGAACACGACGACCGCAGCGGAGCGGCUGCACGCGCUGGAGUCGAAGGAAGCCGUCGCCACGUCGCGCAUCGACCGGGCGGAGCGGAGGGCCGACGGCGCCUACGAGACGGUCCACCGAAUGGAGUCCGCCGUGCAGGGCGCCAAAGACGCUGCCGAGCGGGCGCAGCUGCAGGCCGCCGGUGCGCUGGAGCGCACGCAGAAGGUUGAGCACGCCCUCAGCGACCGCGACGCGCGCCUCCUCGCGGUGGAGUCCAACCUGCAUGCCGUGUCGACCGCCGAGGGUUUGAAGGCGGAGGUGGAGGCGUGCAAGCGGCAGGCCGGCCGGCUCGAGAGUCGCAUGGACGCCACCGGCGCCCUCUGUGAACGAGCCGAGCAGCUGGCGGAUAAAACAGUUCGGCAGGUAAGCGAGUUUAGCAACCGCGUCUCCAGCUGCGAGAAGUCGAUGCAGAGAGGCGUCGCGGCGGUGCAGGGCGUGCAAGAGUCGAUGGAGGUCUGCCAGGCCGACUGUCAGCAGAUCCGCGCCCAGUAUGAGGUGAGUGAAGGGGUGGUGCAGCGACACGGGCAGCUCAUGACGCAGCUCGAACAGCGCAUCAUGGGUCAGGAGAACCGCCUAGGGCUGUGGAGGCAGCAGCAGGAACAGCACGCGAGGGAUCAGCAGACAGCCCAGCGGGAGAUGACGGAGAGAGCGGAGGUGAUGCAUGCGACGGCGACCCGGGCCCAGCAGGUCAGCAGCGACGCACGGGCGGAGGUGAGCCGGCUGGAGCGGCGCGUCGACGAUGUGGACCGCGCUCUCACGUCCGCCUCGGCGGAGGUCACCGCCGUGCGUGCAGCAGCGGAGAGCCUGCGGACGCAGGGGUUGGAGAUGCAGCGGCAGCUGCAACAGCAGGAGGAUCAGCUGCAGCAGGCGGAGGCACGAGUGCUGGAGGUGGUGGGGCCGCGGACGGAGUUGGAGCACAACGUGGCACAGCGCUUCGAACGAAGCGAGUCGCAUGCGGAGCGUCUCGGUCAGAAGUUGGCGCAGUGCGAGAGGAAGCUUCAAGAAAUGGGAGGGCGAGUGCAGGACUACUUGAACGACGCCAUUCAGCGUCACGUAGGCGAGUCGCAGCGACAGCUGCUGUCUGCGCUAAGCGAGGGUCUCUCGCGCGUGUCGGAGCGGGUGAGCACUGUGGAGAGCACCGUGACGGAGGUGCAGGCCAGGAGCGGCGACAUGCCGAGCCAGGUUCAGUCGCUGCAGAAAACCUCGUCGGCACUGCAGCGCAGCCUGCAAACCCUCGAGGAAGAUCUUCAAGCGUUACGUGGACACGUGGAUCAGCUCUCUCUCCACGCCGAAGGGCAGAGUGGCGAUCACCAGCAGCUCGGCGCGGUGCGACAGGAGGUGGCACGACUAACGGCCGUGCAGCAACGACUCCAGCAGGAUCUGCUGCAGCUGCAGGAGAUGAUGCGGACCUUACGCGAGGUGCAGCUCGCCGCAGCUGGUCAGCCGCGAGAUCCGACGCUCAGCCAACUCGGUGGGUCGCAGGCGCAGACCGCCAGCACCGAGAUCGCACGCACAACCGAGGCGGACUCCUCCUCACCCUCCGCGCGCGUUCCCACUGGUACGGGCCAGCAGUCUUCGCCGCACACCGCUGCCAUCGAGCCGCGGCAGCCGACGAGCGCCGCGGUGACGCCGCCACUCGUGGCAAGCCACACAAAAAUGGCCCCGACGCUGCAGGCGCAGCAGGACCGGCAGCGCGCCUCGUCGAGCAGCACCAACGGCGGGAGCAAAGACAGCAGCGUCGAGCGGCCCCCGUCGCACCUCAGCGGCGUUUCCUCCGUGCGACCGGCGGAAGAAGAGGUGGCGCAGCUGCACUCCGUCGCUGAGCCCGCCGCCGGCACAGCCUCUUCACCUCCCGAUAGCGACGAUGACGACAACGACAGAGUUGACGCGUUGCAACCCAACGUGAAGUCCUACGUGCGGUCUCCACAGAGGACUGGGCUGCCCAGCGUGCACGCGGUGGCGAUCGCGAGCUUGUGCGGUGCGGCCGAGACGGUCGAGCAGCUCAGCGCACCGGUCGUGUCGUCCUCCGUGCCGGCGCCGGGGCCUGUCAACACGAGCCACCCAACUGUCAUUCGUAGCUUCGCCACCGUUGACACGGCGUCGUCGGACAGCGAUAUUGAGGUGGAGGAUCUGCGGCCGCAGUCAACGAGGGCGAGGGCGGCAGCAGAGGAAGAGGAGGAGGAGCACGCAGACGACGCCUCGAGCGAGUUGACGACGGCCGUCACGCUGACAAGUGAGGAAGCCGUCACGCCGACCACGUCAGGCAGUCGUCGCACGCGGCCCGCCACGGCGCAACGUCGCACCGUCGCGAUGGCCGCAGCGUGGGGACAGCCGCAGCCGUCGCCGACGGACUCCCCACCGGACCACACACCGCUGGCGCCGCCGAGUGCCGCCCGACCCGCAAACGCGCAGGAGGGGGCAACAGAGGAGGUACGGAGGACAGAGACGGUGCAGUCACCCGCGUCGAACGAUGACGAAGGCGACGGCGACAGCGAUGCGGUGCAGGCGCUGAUCGCACAGUCCUCCUAUGACGAGGACGACGCAGAUGAUCGGAGCGGCGAUGGGCUGCUGCGACGCCGACCAGGGACGAGAACGCAAGGAGGCAACGCAUGGGCAACCACUCAAAGGGCCGCCGCACCGCCACACCCGCAGCAGCCGGCAGGGGCGGGGAGUUCGGUGCCGGCACCGCGACGUCCGCAGUGGGACGACUGGGACGAGGAAGACGCCGAGGACGACGGCGACGGCGACGACGGUCGCAGCAACAACAGCGUCGUCGAAGACGUCUCCACACCCGCAGCGCCGGCACACUGCAGCCUCCACGCCGGCGCGGCUAUGGCGACGAGCAACAUCGAGGAGGUGGAGGAGGUGCCCAUCGCGGCGCCGCCACAGCCCUCUGCGACGUCCGCAAACACGAGUGCCUCGUCAGCGUCGCCGAGUCAGAUGGCGGCCACCACCGUGCACCACCGCAGCGCCGGCGCCGGUGCCGUCGAGGAGCUGCGGGCAACGGAGCGGCGGAUCUUUGUGGGAGCGGCGGGGAGUGCCCUCGCCGGCUCACCGGAGCCCCGAUACGUCGUGCCACGCCACGGCCAGAACACAACGUCGUCGUCGUCGUCGUCAGCGGAGCGGGCGGAGGCGCUCGGGCUGCGGACGGCGGGUCAGGCCGCACCGGCCCAGCGGUCUGCGUUGCAGGUGCGACAGUACAGCAGCUUUGACGACUCCAGCACGAGUGACGACGACUAA